UGCAAUUUUAAAUUUGCUAGCACACUCAGAUUAAUUUUACUUUUAUGGAUGUAUGAAUGCUAGUAUACUUCAUCUACAUUGGAAUAACUUAUUGUUUGUAUGGUCUUCAGGAACCACUGCAGCUGUGGCUUCCGUUGAUGCUGCGGAGGAGCGUGUGGCACAACAGCUUGAACCUAGCAACAGGCCAUCUGGCGCCGAUGAAUCGGAAGCAGUGCAACCCCCAGGAUCCAUUACUGCUGCUACGGCCUCUACCAGCACCGCAGGGUCCACAUCAGACCAGCUUGUGCCUGGGGUACUGCCAUGUAGCAGCAGCGAACAGACGGUCCCAGAUGAGCUUGAACCCUGGACCUCACAGGAGUUGGAGGACGCUCUCAUGAGUGAGCAGCCAGAGGGCCUCCAGACAGUGAUUGGCAGCGAAAGAGACGAUGGAAAGAUCUACGCUGGGAGCAAUCAAUGGCUUGAAAAGGAGGCCUGGGGCACAUUGUUUCGGGCCUCAACCGAUUCGUUGUUUUGCCGCAUGGCAACGUCGGUUUAUUGGACACCUGAGCAACUUAGGAGCCGCAGCGUUACGGGAACCCUGUCUAACAAGUCCCGGGCAAAGGGGGUCACCGAGCCAAGGCCCGCUUUAACCCCCGAGAAGGUGGCCUCACUGAAAGCUCUCUUCGGAAUAUUCAUGGGCUGCGAUGUCCCGGAGGAAGAGCAAAAAAAAAAGGCUCAAGGAUGUGCGGAAGCAUCUCGCGCAGAAGCUGGGCGACGUGCGGAGAAAGUGAAGAUGUUUAUACCAAAAACUUUUUGUCGAUUGUUUUCCUUGAUGUAAAUAAAAAAUAUGUUACAGUUUCACCCGAAAGGCAAAGCAUCA